CUGGAGAUGUCUCUAUCAGACCAGGAGAGGCGGCUGCUGGAGAAGCAGCUCCUGGUGGACCAGGUGACCCGGCUCUCCCAGCCUCUCAGCGAGCGGGCUGAGAACUGCCAGCAGGACCAACUCUCACUGGCAAAGAAGUUGAAUGAGCUCCGAACUCAAGUCAUCGACUCGAACCAGCGCAUGAUGGCCGUCUCCGCAGAGCUCUCCAUGAAGCACGCCACCGCUCUGUCUCUACAGCAGGAGAUUAAAGAGAAGGAGUUCCAGGUCAGAGGGGGGUCUCCAUCACCCCCUGCACCCACAAUCAUCUGA